CCCCAAGAUCCGCCCCGGGCGGGGGUGGGCGCCCCUCCAGCACACCAGGCGGCACAAAGUUCGGAAAAACCAAGUUUCCGAUGGUUGGUCGGAAGUGCGGCGGGGACACUGCUCCUGGACCCGGGCAGCCUGGAUUAUUAAAAUGUCUGACAAUGGCGAUGACACGUUAGCCUCUGGAGACAAAGAAGAAAUUACCAACAAGCCCAACAGUGAUACUUUACCCAAAGAUGCAGAAGUGCACUGUGAUUCAGCUACAAUUUCAAAUGAGCUCACGCCAGCGAAUCCCAGAAGAGAUGUGCAUGAAAAUGAGGCUGUUCCGGGUGCAGAGACUGUGGACACUGGACUCGCCGAGCAGCCCAAAGACCUUGGCGCCCUGGAGCCGCCCCUCAAUGGGGAAGUGACUGAGGAUGCCCUCGCUGGGUGUGUUGAUGCCGUGAGCCUCGAGGCAGAAGCUGGAUCCGAAAUACCCCUGAAAGAACAGAGUGAUCCGGCUGUGGAUUCCUCUCCACGUGGAGGGGGCUGGGCAGGCUGGGGCUCCUGGGGCAAAUCUCUGCUCUCGUCAGCAUCUGCCACAGUAGGUCACGGAUUGACAGCAGUCAAGGAAAAGGCAGGGGCCACCCUCCGGAUUCACAGUGCAAACUCUGGCCCUUCCGAAGGGGCCCAACCUGAUGAUGAAAAUGAAGUCUCUCAAACUGAUGCAGCCGCAGAUCAGAGCCCCGCAGAAAGCCCACCCACUCCUCCUUCCUCGGGGUCUCGGGGCAUGCUGUCAGCCAUCACCAGCGCGGUUCAGAACACAGGUAAAAGCGUCUUAACUGGUGGUCUUGAUGCUUUGGAAUUCAUCGGCAAGAAAACCAUGAAUGUCCUUGCGGAAAGUGACCCAGGUUUUAAGCGGACCAAGACACUCAUGGAGAGAACUGUUUCUUUAUCUCAGAUGUUACGAGAGGCCAAAGAGAAGGAGAAGCAGAGGUUGGCACAGCAGCUCCCAGCCGAGAGGACCGCACACUACGGGAUGCUAUUCGAUGAGUAUCAAGGUUUGUCACACCUGGAAGCCCUGGAAAUUCUGUCCAAUGAAAGUGAAAGCAAGGUUCAGUCAUUUUUAGCAUCACUUGAUGGAGAGAAGCUGGAGGUCUUAAAAAAUGACCUAAUUUCCAUUAAAGACAUCUUUGCAGCCAAAGUAUUCGAGAAUGAAGAGAAUCAAGAAGUGCAAGGCAUAGAAGCAAAGGAAGAAGAGUUUGCUAGCAUGCUUACAGAGCUUCUCUUUGAAUUACAUGUUGCAGCCACACCUGACAAACUCAAUAAGGCCAUGAAAAAAGCUCAUGACUGGGUGGAAGACGAUCAAACUGUGGUAUCAGUAGAUGUGGCUGAAGAGUCAGAAGACAAAGCUGGGAAGGAAGAAAAGGAAGAGAAACCUGAAAAUCCUGAAGAAGACAAGAAGAAAGAAAAGACAAAUAAGACAGUCGAGGAAGUUUACAUGCUGUCCAUUGAAAGCCUGGCAGAAGUAACAGCUCGCUGUAUUGAGCAGCUUCAUAAAGUAGCAGAAUUAAUUCUUCAUGGACAAGAAGAAGAAAAAUCAGCUCAGGACCAAGCAAAAGUUCUGAUAAAAUUAACUACUGCAAUGUGCAAAGAAGUGGCCUCCUUAUCAGAGAAGUUUACAUCUUCUUUAACCACUGUUGGGAGCAACCAGAAGGCCGAGGUCCUUAACCCCAUGAUCAAUAGUGUAUUGUUAGAGGGCUGCAAUAGCACCGCGUACAUACAGGACGCCUUCCAGCUGCUGCUGCCUGUCCUGCAGGCUUCUCACAUCCAGACCAGCCGUUCCAAAGCACAGCCGUGACCUGGCCAGACUUCAUCUUGGUAAAGGAAACACUGGGCCCUGUUGCUCCGAUGUGCGUUUCCUGGGAAGUUUUCCAUGCAUCCAGCCGCAGACGCCCGUUUGGAGACACUACAAGCAAUUUUGCACAGAUAGUAUUGAAAAUGCAAGUUUAAAGAGAGUAUCAUUUCUCUCAAUGUAUAUGGUUGUUUUUACAAAUAAUUAUGUUUCUUUUAUGUUAAUUUAAACUUUCACAGCUUUGUAUUGAUAAUUUCCUUUAAUCUGGAGUUCACUGACAAAUAUUCACUUCCAUUUUCCUGGUUAAGCAUGUUAUCUUUGGCAAGUCAUGAGCGGACCCUAGACUUUAAAUUUCUACUUUAAAUUUUCCCAUUCUUGUAGUAUGACUUUAAAUCAGUUCUUAUAGUGGACUUAGUUUUAUUAUAUAAAUGCCAUGGGCAGAGAUAACACUACUUAUAGAUUUUUACCUAUUAUAGUGGAAGGGGAAUAUAGGUGUCUCUUUAUACUCAUUCAUUCUUCAAACAAGCAUAUAUUGAGCUCCUACUGUGUGUGUGCUCACAGUAGAAGAACAUGAUCUCACCCCGGUAGAAACAGAUAUUCUGAAAGAGGACUUACAAUCAUUCUGAAAAAGCUUUAAAAUACUAAUAACUUUUCUAAACCUUAAAAAAGUUGACGAACAAGGUAAAUAAGUAUUUUUUAAAAUGUUCUACCCCUCAGCAGAUUGGAUUUUUCACACUCCUUGAAUUUUUUUAUCCAAAACUUUACAUAUGGGAUGAAAAUACAUAUGAUAAGGGAUACUAAAGAAUAUUUUGUUUAACACUGACUUCUUAUGACCAUAAGUACAUAAUGGCAUAAUCACAGAGCUUGCAAGUAUUUAGAUAGAAUAUUAGAGGGAUUACAACACAGUAGACCCCCAGGACUGCACUUUAAAAUCAACUACAGUUGAGUCAAGCUAUUCCAUGAAUACACAGAUCACACUCCCUGGUGGCAAAUGCCAUCAUUGCUUCUAAAGACAGAACAUGUUGAUGUGUGGGUAACUAAAUGGUAUUACAAUCCAAGAGGCUGCAGCGAAGACCCUGCAGCCGGGAGAGGCAUUGUCAAUGGGCAGGCCUCCCCUCCAGGCCCAGAGUUCACUCUGGGCAGGGGUUUCAUACGACAUCCUUGUCUGGGAGCCCCAGUGACAUCCCUCCCUCCCAGGUUCCAUCACAAGGUGUCUUACCAGUGGCUCUCUUCUGGUGAGACAAAGCCUGUACGUUAGCCUUGUUCACGUUUG